GUCAGUCAGUCAGUCACGGAGCGCGCGGCGCGGGAGCAGCCGGCGCUCGCUGCGUGUCCGGGGAGGGAGCGCGGCUCCUGGGGAGGAGGCGGAGGCAGCUGCUGGAGGAGCGUGAGCCGCAGCUGCCUUGCUUGGGGCCAAGACGGUAGUCGGGGCAGCCGAAGGGCCGAGCUGCCGCCGCGAUGGAGCAGUUGUCCGAUGAAGAAAUUGACCAUGGUGCUGAAGAAGACAGUGACAAAGAAGAUCAGGACCUUGACAAAAUGUUUGGAGCCUGGCUUGGAGAACUAGACAAACUCACUCAGAGUUUGGAUUCUGACAAGCCCAUGGAACCAGUAAAAAGAUCUCCUCUUCGCCAGGAAACAAACAUGGCCAAUUUUUCUUAUCGCUUCUCCAUAUACAACUUGAAUGAAGCUCUGAAUCAGGGAGAGACUGUGGAUCUGGAUGCCCUAAUGGCCGAUCUUUGCUCUAUAGAGCAGGAGCUCAGCAGUAUUGGCUCAGGAAAUAGUAAACGACAAAUCACAGAAACGAAAGCUACUCAGAAAUUACCUGCUAGCCGACACACAUCAAAACAUGGCACCUUGAAAGGAUCAUCUUUUUCAUCUAAUCGAAUAACUAAACCUUCCCAUGCCAACUACUCUCUGGACGACAUCACUGCACAAUUAGAACAAGCCUCCUUGAGCAUGGAUGAGGCUGCUCAGCAAUCUGUGCUAGAAGAUACUAAAUCUGUAGUAACUAAUCAGCACCGAAGAACCGCCUCGGCAGGCACAGUGAGUGAUGCUGACGUACGCUCUGUCAGUAACUCCUCCCGUUCUAGCGUCACUUCUGCAGCUUCCAGCAUGGACUCUUUGGAUAUUGAUAAAGUAACACGCCCUCAAGAACUGGAUUUGACACAUCAGGGGCAGCCAAUUACUGAGCAUGCUAUUUCUCUGAGAUGUUCCAGCAAACAGGCCAAGCAUCAUAUUGACUUCACAGAAGAACAGGCUGAGCUGACACCACACUCCUAUCUGGACAGGGAAACCUCCCUACUUCUGAGAAACAUUGCAGGAAAACCUUCUCAUUUGCUGACCAAGGAAGAACAGGCAGCAAAAUUGAAAGCUGAGAAGAUCAGAGUUGCCCUCGAGAAAAUUAAAGAGGCACAAGUGAAAAAGCUGGUGAUUAGAGUUCACAUGUCUGACGACAGUUCUAAAACAAUGAUGGUGGAUGAGAGGCAGACAGUGAGACAAGUGCUGGAUAACCUAAUGGACAAGUCCCACUGUGGUUAUAGUCUAGACUGGUCGCUGGUGGAAACCAUUUCUGAAUUACAAAUGGAGAGAAUCUUUGAAGACCAUGAAAACUUAGUGGAGAAUCUUCUUAAUUGGACAAGAGAUAGCCAAAACAAGCUUAUAUUUAUGGAGCGUAUAGAAAAAUAUGCACUUUUCAAAAACCCACAGAAUUACCUUCUGGGGAAAAAGGAAACAGCUGAGAUGGCAGAUAGAAACAAAGAAGUGCUGUUGGAGGAAUGUUUUGGUGGAAGUUCUGUAACUGUACCAGAAAUUGAAGGAGUCCUUUGGUUGAAAGAUGAUGGCAAGAAGUCCUGGAAAAAACGUUAUUUUCUCUUACGAGCAUCUGGUAUCUACUAUGUCCCUAAAGGAAAAGCAAAGGUCUCUCGGGAUCUGGUGUGCUUUCUGCAGCUGGAUCACGUCAAUGUUUACUAUGGCCAAGAUUAUCGGAGCAAAUACAAAGCACCUACAGACUACUGUCUGGUGCUAAAGCACCCACAGAUCCAGAAGAAAUCUCAGUAUAUUAAAUAUCUUUGUUGUGAUGAUGUGAGAACUCUCCAUCAGUGGGUCAAUGGGAUCCGAAUUGCAAAGUAUGGAAAGCAGCUCUAUAUGAAUUAUCAAGAAGCCUUGAAGAGGACAGAGUCAGCUUAUGAUUGGACUUCCUUAUCUAGCUCCAGCAUUAAAUCAGGAUCCAGUUCUUCUAGCAUCCCAGAGUCUCAGUCAAAUCACUCCAAUCAGUCUGACAGUGGCGUUUCGGAUACCCAGCCCGCAGGACAUGUUCGCUCCCAGAGCAUCGUGAGCUCCAUCUUCUCAGAAGCCUGGAAACGAGGCACUCAGUUGGAAGAGUCCAACAAGGUCCGAAUGGAGUCCAUGAAUCGAAUGGAGUCUAUGAAUCGGCCCUACACUUCACUUGUGCCCCCUUUAUCCCCGCAACCUAAGAUAGUCACCCCCUACAGUGCUUCACAGCCUUCCCCACCCCUCCCCCCACCACCUCCACCACCACCUCCGCCACCACCACCACCUCCCCCUCCUCCUCCCCCGCUCCCCAGCCAGUCUGCACCUUCUGCAGGUUCCGCGGCCCCCACGUUUGUCAAGUACAGCACCAUAACGAGGCUGCAGAAUGCGGCUCAACAGUCCGGACCCCUAUUUAAGCCUCCAACACCCCCAGUGAUGCAGCCACAAACAGUAAAGCCUCAGAUCCUCGUGCCCCCCAAUGGAGUUAUCCCGCCUCCCCCGCCCCCUCCCCCGCCUCCAACCCCAGGCUCAGCGAUGGCCCAGCUGAAGCCAGCACCCUGUGGCCCAUCCCUCCCGCAGUUCAGCCCUCCCCCUCCUCCACUAAAGAUUCAUCAGGUUCAGCAUGUUACUCAGGCGGCUCCUCCAACACCCCCCCCACCUCCUCCUGUCCCUGCACCCCUCCCUCCCCAAGCCCCCCCAAAGCCCCUUGUGACUGUGCCCCCACCCGCUGGCACCAAGACCGUGCUGCCUGUCGUGACUCAAGCUGCACUGACACCGACUCCUCCAGUGCCCCCAGCAAAAAAGCACCUAGCUUUCCCUAUUUCUCAUGUUGCACCCUCUCCUCCAGCCCCUCCUGGUCCAGUCCCCCCACCGACCUUACCUAAGCAACAGAGUUUCUGUGUAAAACCCCCUCCCUCUCCAUUGUCCCCAGUGCCUUCCAUGGUGAAGCAGAUUGCCAGCCAGUUUCCCCCUCCUCCAACCCCUCCGCCUGUGGAAUCUCAACCCUUAAAGCCCAUCCCAGCAAAUGUAGCUCCACAGUCCCCUCCUGCUGUGAAAGCAAAACCCAAGUGGCAGCCCAGCUCCAUCCCUGCCCCUUCUCCAGACUUCCCUCCUCCCCCUCCUGAGAGCAGUCUGGUGUUCCCGCCUCCUCCACUCCCCCCAGCUCCAACCCCAGCCCCACCACCUCCACCACCGCCACCACCCACAGCUGCUCCUGUCCCUGACAAAAGUGGAUCUCCAGGCAAAAAGACCAGUAAGACAUCUAGCCCUGGAGGAAAGAAACCACCCCCAACCCCACAGCGCAAUUCCAGCAUUAAAUCCAGCGGCUGUGCAGAGCACCCUGAGCCUAAGAGACCCUCAGUGGACACUCUAGUCAGCAAGUUUGCACCACCGGCAGAAUCAGGGUCUCCCAGCAAGGAGACCCCACCACCUCCUGCAGCACCUCCCAAACCUGGGAAACUAAAUCUUUCUGGAGUUAACCUUCCUGGAGUUCUCCAGCAAGGGGGUAUGUCAGCAAAAGCCUCUGUGCUGAGUGGGCGUGGAAAGGACGCUGUGGUAGAAUUUCCAUCUCCUCCAUCUGAUUCUGACUUUCCACCCCCUCCACCUGAAAUAGAGCUUCCUUUACCCCCGGUAGAGAUUCCAGCAGUAUUCUCGGGCAACACCUCUCCAAAAGUGGCAGUUGUUAACCCUCAACCACAGCCAUGGUCUAAAACAUCAGUGAAGAAAGCCCCUCCACCCACGCGACCCAAACGGAACGACAGCACCCGCCUCACUCAAGUGGAGAUCUCGGAGCAGCCAGCAAUGGCCACAGUUGUGCCACAAGUGCCCACCUCUCCCAAAUCCAGCCUUAGUGUCCAGCCUGGAUUCCUGGCUGACCUCAACAGGACACUGCAACGGAAGUCCAUAACUCGGCAUGGCUCACUUUCCUCCUCCCGCAUGUCCAGAGCAGAACCCACAGCCACCAUGGAUGAUAUGGCAUUGCCCCCGCCACCCCCCGAGCUGCUGUCUGAACAGCAGAAGGCUGGUUAUGGAGGGAGUCACAUAUCAGGCUACGCAACACUGCGGAGAGGACCCCCUCCAACUCCCCCCAAAAGAGACCAGAACACCAAGCUCUCUAGGGACUGGUAGCUUACUUUAGGUCUGUAUUUCAUGGGAUCUCUAAAUCAGUCAGCUCAUCUGAUCAUCUAUGAAACAGGUGUUCAGAACCUCCUGGUGUGGUGGUGGUGGUGGUAUUCAGGUAGUGUCCAGCUGUGUGUACGUGCACGUAUGUGUACAACCAUGGCUAUGCAUAGUGUGUGUAUAUAUGUAUACAUGUAUGUGUGUAUAGAGAGACGAGCUGAGAGUGCUUCUAUUUAUUCCUUUUCCCUCCUAAUCUGAAAGUGACUUUUGUGUGUUUUUGGGUGGAAGAGGCAUGGAAGGGGAUGUGUGCUGUCUCUUACAAUUUCAUUUAAUCUAUCAUGUGGAUUGGACCAAAAACUUCUUACUUACUUAGAAGGUAUUUUAUAAGUGUCUGUCCAUGCGUAGCCUAUCUGUGCAUGUUGUGUAUUAUAUAAUUAAGAAAUAGAUGUAUAAUGUGCUAUUUCUCAGUUUGAGAAAACCACCAGGAUGUUUGGUAUAUCUGUGGGGCUUCUGUGUUUGUUCUUCCCCCAGCUGGCUGAAGUUGGAACUUCUUGACUGGCAUUUCAUUAUCAUGUAAAGGGGGGCACUUUAAAUCAGGAAACUCUCAGCUUCACAGAACGGGUCAAUCAGUCGUGCAUGACGGGGAAUGCUCACAAACAUCCUCUGUGUGUGUUUGUGCCUAGAAAGUGAUAACAUGGUGUAACUGACCAUUGUAAGUGGCAGAACUGUGCAAUGAUCCUACCCUAUGUAGGAUGAAUUCUCACAGGUAAGCUCUUUGCCCACAGUACACAAAAAACAGUGUUAUAAUCCUGGAUAGUUCCUUUUUAGUAGUUUUAUGAAGCUUCAUCAAUUUGGCUUCACGGUCCAUGCUUUAAGAGAGUGUCCAACACUGUUCUCUGUCCCAGUAUACCUUUGGGUCACUAGUUACCUGCUUAUAGAAUGUGCUUUAAAAGGUAGAUGUCAAUAUUAGAUAUCUGUAGUCAAUUGGUAUAUGAAAUACACACAUCCUGUGCCCGAUAAUGGUGCGUCAUUACAAAAGACACACUUUCUGAAAUGCUUAUGUUGUGUAUUGCUCCGUGGGAAGGGUGAAAGAACAAAACCAGCCCCUGUGCAAAUGUCAUUAAUCAGAUUGUAACACAUAAUACAAAGAAUUCAUAAAGUAUGUGA